AUGUCGUUACUUUAAAAGUUUACAAAGUUAUUUAAAUCAAAGGAUGAAAUGUUAGAAUCACUAGGAAUUCUAUUGAAACCUAAAUCUCAAAAAGAUUUUGAUGUAGCUUGUGAAUAUUUUGGAUCUUUAAUGAAGAGAUUUCCAGCAGUGGUUUUUAAUCUUUUAAGAUCAAAAGAGAACGUUGAAAAUUAUUAACCUAAAGCAGAACACUUAUUAAAUUUAUUAUUUGUGAUACAUGCAAAUAUUUCUGAUGAUUCAAUUUGUAGUUAAUUGAGAGGACCUCCAAUUUAUUGGUUAGAUAAAUUAAUGAAUGAAAAUAAGGAAAGUUUUAUUUUAAUAGAAAGAAUGAUUUGUGAAGCUAGUACAUCUAGUUUCUUUCCAUAAUAAUCACCACUAACUCAAACAUCUUAAUUUUAAGGAAAGAAUGAAUAAAUAAAAGAAAAGAGGAAAACAAGAAUUGAAAUGAAUGAAUAACUUAAAAAUCCUAUUUAAAAAGCUGAAGUUCAAUUAGUUUCAUGUUAGUUAAAAGCUAAAAUUUUUUGUAUUAUUUACUACUCAUUCUUAUAAAAAUUAUCAGUUAAUUUAUUGGUGUAUUAAUCUUGUAAAGAUUUAUAAUAUCCAUUUGAAGAACCUGAAGAUGUUAAAUUAAGAUAUAUUUGGAUUUAUAAAAUUUAGAAUGUUAUGUUAAUGGGUUUAAAGUUAUUGGAAUGCAAAAAUAUUAAAUAUAAAAUAUUUUAAGAUUUAGUUUAUUAAGAUUUACUUCGAUUUUAAGUAUUUGUUAGAUAAGAAAUAGAAUAAUUAAUCGAUUAAUAUGCUACAAUACCAAAUUUGGAUUGUUUAUCAUUAUAUGAGAUUUUUUAAGAGUAUCAAAGAGCAAGAAUAAUAAUAUAAAAUUAUAAUGAAGAAAUAGAUCUCAAAUUAAGAGUUAGUACAAGACAGAUUGAAGAAUUUCUAAGCUUUUCAGUACGUAUAAAGGUUCUUAAUCAAUUUGCUUUCAAAAAAAGUAUAAAAGUUCCUAAUCGACAAUAACCUAAUAUUUCAAUUGCUUAAUAAUCUUAGUCUGAUCGUAAAGUAAUUUAUAAAAGAUAAUUUAUUUUUAGCAUCAAAAAGCAGCAAGUGACAUCAAUAAAGAAAAUCUUGAGCCUUUAAAUUUCUAAGAUUUACAAUAUGAAUAAACAUAUGAAAGAGGAGUAAUGGAAAAGAAAUUUUAUAAUCAAUCUACUGAGAAUAGUUGUGAUGAUAUUGAAGAAAAUAUUUAAUUAGAUUUUGCUUAACAUAGACCUCAACAUCUCAAAGGAUUAAGUACUUUUCAGUAAUAUUGA